AUGGCUCUUACUGAUGAACAGAAAAAACGAAUUGAGGCCAAUCGGAAAAAGGCUUUGGAGAGGUUGCACCAGAUAAAGAACAAGGGCAAAGUUUCGCCGCCACCCACAUCUGAAACGUCAACCGCCGGCACAAACAGCAAAAGUGGAGCUACUUCGCUACUUUUGGGUCAAAACAAUAGUUUCCGCGAUGCCUCGAGCCAUACGGUGCCCGAAGUCAACGAAUCUGACCGGAAACGGUUCAAAACCGAACAGAAAAUGCCCAGCAUUCGCUCGAAAGAUUACAUUGAGUACGAUUUUUCGACCAUGAAGGAUAGCCGAGGAGGUUUUCUUGACCAGACAGACUCGACCGGUUUCGGGAAGCCCGAUGAGGAGCCUCUCAGUCUCCAGGAAUGGAAAGAGAAGCAGAAGAAGGAACAGGUAGUCAAGGACCUUGCGCCGCCGCUCGACCUAGAAAACGCACCCAAGUGUGCGGAAUGCGAAUCGCUCGAAGUGGACCCAAACUUUUAUACGAACUUUAAGGUGUCUGUGUGUCGGCGCUGUAAGAAGGAGAAUCCAGAUAAAUACUCGCUUCUAACGAAAACCGAGUGUCGCGAGGACUAUCUACUAACCGACCCGGAGCUCCGAGACACCAAUCUUUUGAAUCGUAUUGAGAAGCCCAAUCCUCACGGAUUUCUGCGGAUGCAAUUGUUUCUACGAAUGCAGGUGGAAGAGUAUGCGUGGAAGAAAUGGGGCUCGGCUGAGGGCUUGGACCAAGAAUGGGAGAAGAGAGAACGUGCGCGUCUCGACCGGAAGGAAAAGCGAUACCAGACCAAGCUCAAAGAAAUGCGGAAACGGACUCGUGCUGAGGAGUACACUCGAAAGUUGAGAAACGGACAGCUGAUCAACGAGCGACACGAACAUCUGUGGUCUGCGCCAAUGGCCAUCAAGGGGUCUGAGAACAUGAUCAAGCGGCGGUGUAUUGACUGUGGAAUCGAGACAGAAGAGGUGGUGAUAUAG